AGACAUCCGAUCCAUGAAAGGAGAUGUGAUGUCUUUGAUGUCGAAAAACAGAAUAAAUGAUGCAUAUUGUGUCCUGUAAGUAAAUAUACGUCCUUCUCUCUAGAUUCUCUCUAGCUAGAGAUCUACAGAGAAAUCGAGCCGUUAUAAAUACGUAUGGUUUGAAAACCACUGUCUCUAUAGAAAACCCAGUUUCUUGUUUCGCAAGUAAACCAGAGAGCUGUUUUGAUGCAAGCUGUUAACGAUGAGAUUACGAGCCCUCUCAGCGCUCAGAUCUUCGAUUUCUACGAUCCGCAGUUGUUUCAAGAACCGUUCCAGACUUCUGAAGUUUACGACGAGAACUCGCUGUUCUCAGACAACAACAACAACAACAACAACAAUCUUCUUGAGAAAUCCGGGAGCUUUGAUGGAAAAGAAACCUCGAACGCGAAAACAACAACGGCAACUAUGGUGGGCGAAACGGAGAACGUUAACGUUGAAGACAACAACGGGUGUCUGUCUGUAAUUUUCGAUUCGCAGGAAGAUUUCGACAACGAUAUCGCUGCUUCUAUCGAUUUCUCAUCCUCACCUCUGCAGUUCCCUGUGUCUGAUCAUCUUCUUGGAUCAAUAUGUCAAGGCCAGUUCGAUUUCUCGGUUCAACAGUCUCCCAACAUUCUUUACGCCGCCUCUGGAGAUCCUCUGACUCUGACAGCGGCUUCUUCUUCCUUGGCGCCGCCUCCCUUGCAAUCAGCGGUUUUCGAGGAAGAUUGCCUUUCUUCCAUCCCAAGUUACAAUGUUGGGCUCAACCCUUCAUCCCCAUCUUGCUCUUUCUUCGGCACGCCUGGCUUGCCUGCUUACAUGGCCGCUUCUGGGGGGAAUCUGAGUUCUGGUUUAUCAUCGGAAAGUUCUGGAAUUUUCUCAGGGAGUGUUCAUCUGGGUCCUGAACUCAAGCCACUUGAUCCAUUGAUGGAUUACCAGUCUGAUAAUGGCGGGAUUUUCUGCCAUGAUUCGAUCAAACGUAUCUUCAAUCCUGGAGAUCUCCAGACACUCGGCGGCGGAGAGAACCAGACCCACCUGGUGACGGCGGCGGGUGGGGCGCCACCACCGUCGUUAGGGAUGGAGAUGACCGGUCUGGACGAUCCGACGUUCAACAAAGUCGGGAAACUAUCCGUCGAGCAGAGGAAAGAGAAGAUCCACAGGUACAUGAAGAAAAGGAACGAGAGAAACUUCAGCAAGAAAAUCAAGUAUGCGUGUCGGAAGACAUUAGCAGAUAGCCGACCAAGAGUCAGGGGAAGAUUUGCCAAAAACGAUGAAUUUGGAGAAGCCAAUAGACAAGCUUCUUCAAGCCACCAUGAAGACGACGACGACGACGACGAUGUGGGGAUGAAGGAAGAGGAGCAGAUGGUGGAUUCCUCGGACAUAUUCUCGCAUAUAAGCGGCGUGAACUCCUUCAAGUGCAACUUCCCAAUCCAAUCUUGGAUUUAACAAGUCACUCCUACAGCCUCUACAUACAUACAUACAUAUAUAUAUAUAAUAUACACAAAUAAAUAGUAUUCCAUAGGGUUAUAUUUGUAUCUAUUUUAGUGCAAUUUUGGCAAAUGACGCAGAUUCCAUCGGAAUUAACCCUCAUUGGAAAUCCCGUGGAAAAGGGGAAAACAAUGAUGGUGUUUCCGCAUGUUUGGAUGAAUAAUGCAGUGGCGUUCGAGGUUAUACUUUCAUAGAAAAUGCAAAACAUUUUGUUGGUGUAUGUGUAUAUAUAUAUAAUAUAUGGAUGAUAAGUUAUUUUGGGCAACAAUUUGGA